AUGGAGUACUUCCUGCGGGCCUUCGUAACUGGCACUGCAUGGUCAGCUGCAGCACUCCAGACUGCAAAAUUCAUUGGAAAGGGGACUUACAUGUCACGAAAGGUGAAGGAAUGGUCGAAGUCAUACAUCCUGGAUCGUGAAAACUUGCCAUUGGCAAAGUAUGGUGGCAAUUCGACGAGAUCGCGGAUUGAUGAUGAAGAUCUUAAGGAGGAGUUACUGGUUCAUCUCCAGUCACUCGGAAAAUAUAUUUCUGCAACAGCAGUUAUCAAUUAUCUUGCACAGCCUGAUGUACAGCAACGUUUCAAGCUCACUAAAAGUAUUUCAUUGGCAACCGCACAACGAUGGAUGGAGAACUGUGGAUUUCGAUGGACUACAGCCCGAAAUGGACAAUAUGUUGAUGGCCAUGAACGAGAGGAUGUAGUUGAAUAUCGACAGAAUAAAUUCCUGCCA